AAUACACUGUCAUCCACGGUUAACUCAACUUGCGUGCAAACCUGAUCGCUCUGACGAAUAACCACACAAUCUACCCUCUGCUGCAUAGCACAAGAAGGUGAAAGGAGAGCACCAGUUGAACAAGUUGCACGAUUUCGUACGCACGGUUGAGUGAAAUCACUUCGGUCUAUCGUAUGUAGAAAGCUCUGUGACUGCUGCUGUGUCAAAUAAACAUGGUCGUAUCGAAAGCCUUUACGUGGCAUACGGCAUGCGGCGCGUUCGUACUUUUCAUCGUUUUUGGAAGCUAUUUGCUGCAGCAGGUAGGAACACAGGAUGUUGACACACGACCCUGGUACGAGAAGCUGCCAGCGGUCGCCAUGGACUAUAAGGUACACAUCGAGGCUGGGAAGGAGGAUUGUUACUUCCAGUAUGUUCAGCCGGGGAGCACAUUCUACGUUAGUUUUCAGGUAAUUCGCGGAGGUGAUGGAAUGGCCGGAUUCGCAGUGAGAAACCCCCGAGGAGAGAUCGUUCAUCCAUAUCAGUGGCAAGCAUCGAGUGAUUACACCGAUGCAUCGUCGAUGGGAGGUUAUUAUGCUGUCUGUGUGGACAAUCAGUUCGCGAAGUUCGCCAGCAAAAUGGUUAAUCUGUAUUUAACGGUGAUCCGAUACGACGAGUGGGAGAAAUACACGAAAGAGAUCGAGGAAUUGAAUGUCAACAUGGAUAAUUUCACGAACACAAUUUCCACGGUGGAGCACAACCUGAACGCCAUGUUCCAAUACCAGUCGUACUCGAGGAACACGGAAGCGCGCGACUAUGCGCUCAUUCUGGACAACAACUCGUAUGUGCAGAAGUGGUCCAUCCUUCAGAUAGUUGUCAUCAUGGUGACCACAUCGAUCCAGGUGUAUUUCGUGCGGAAGCUGUUCGACGUGAAAACAAGCGGUAGCAGUAAGAUGAGGAUUUAGGCGGGCUGUUGCGUGUCAUCUGGCAGCAAACGGGAGAAUAAGAGACCGGUUGUGAAAGACGCAUGUGAGAGAAUCAUGUAUAUCAUUCCACCACCAGGAAGCAAGCAUUAUUUAGCAUAAUCAGAACAUGGUAUAGCAUUUGGUCUGAUUUGGUCGAUAAAAAUAUUCCAAGUGAUUCCAAUUAGAGAAAUUGUUUUCGUGAUGACUCAAAGUCUAUCAGUUUUUGUUCUUUUCAUAGUAUUCCAGUCUUUAUCAUUGAAAUAAUUUACUUAUUGUAUUUGAUAAAGGCGUUCUCAACUGUCAAAUUCAAUAACGAAACAUAUAGUUUGUUAUAAUCAGUGUUCAUUUUACCAAUAAAAUGAUAAUUAUUAGUGAA